UGCGUGAGAGUGUGAUUGCCCGCACAGUCCACAAGCCUAUUUUGCGCUAGCGAUGGGCUAGUGAUGCGCUAGCGUUACUAGCCCCGUGCCAGCGAGAAGUCGAAUGACGCCAGCUCCGCACUCGCUCUUCCCCUCCUUUUCGAGCUGCUGAACGCCGUCCGGUGACCUUUCGGCUUACACGCUUUGACCAUCUUUCUUGCGGCAUUUUCAGCGGCGUCAGCGUUCUCCGAACCUUCUUACACUCUACACCCCUCUACCGGGCGAAAUGCAGCCCCGCCGAAGACUCGAGAUCCCACCAGUGAAGGCUGCCUGCCUAGCAUGCCGCGCUUCGAAGGCUCGCUGCAACGGUCAGAACCCAUGCAACCGAUGUAGUGUGAACGGUAGAUCUUGUGACUAUCUACCUAGUCGAAGAGGACGAGUGGUCCGAGCACCGGUGACACCGCCAUCGACAAGCAAUUCAUCAGGGUCGCCCACAAGCGUAGAAGGCUUGACCGGCGGUGGUUCGAACAAAAGACCAAAGAUAUCCUCCGGCCCGCAAGGGUCGUUGCAUCAACCCAACGAAAAUGGCUCGAUAGGUCUCCGGCUUCACAGAAGCAACCAAGCAAUCCUCGAUGCCUAUUAUUUGUUGAUACAUCCUUGCUAUCCGGUCCUGCCUCCCCCAGUUGCGACUCUUCUAGAUAAGCAGCAAGCUCAGUCUGCAAAGGAGGGCGACGUCUUUUACCCAGAGUCGCCCCUGCUCCAUGCUAUUGCUGCACUUGUCGCUCUGGUACCGAGGAGAGUUGAACAUGAUCAUGCAGCAGUUCAGGCACGGGCAGCACGCCAUGACUACGCUGAGCACUGCUCUGAAUUGGCUUUGAGAGGUAUCGACCGUGAUAUGGAUGCGUCCGGACCACUGACUCGAAGCCGUUUUCACCAAGAUGUACCUGUCCGCUUUGAAAGUACAAUUGCAAGUUUUCUCGUCGCCGUGUACGAGUACAACUAUCGCGGGAGCAUGAUGAGAGCGCGCACUCGGAUGGCUUCCGUCAUCACGAUGGCCAUGGAUCUGGGACUGCACGACCUUGGCCUUGAAAGCACAACGGACUGUGAAUGCAAACAGAGGACUUGGUCCAUGAUACUCUUCUUCGCAAAGAAGCUAUCAAUUAUCCAUCAUCUGCCGCCGCUGAUGGCAAUCGGUGAUCCAAGGUUCAAGACACCUUCACCAACUCUGAACGUCAUUCCAGAACCCUGGGGACCCAUAUUAGGGGCACAAGACAUACUUCUCACCUCUCAAGCACGGCCUCCAACCUCCAAAGACCUGGAGAUACUCGAUCUGACCGUGUCUUCAUACAUACAAGAUCUAGAUCGUCCACUUACUGGUCGAGAGCCUAACGACGCUGAAGGACUAGCAGCUCACAACUGGUGGGCGGUCGCUCGUAUCGUCGUACACAGUGCGCGGAUAAAACUGCACCGACUUUCAGCGUUCGCUGAUAUACCAGCGUUCGUGAACAAGCACUGCGACAUGACUGCACUGCAUGACGCGAAAUACUUCCCUAUGCCUAGCACGAACUGUCAUGAGCUUCCUUCUCCGGAGUCACUAGCAGACAGUCCGAAGGCUGAUGAGUGGCCAGCCGCUGAAGCUACUGGUCCGUUCAGCGCACAAGGUUCAGCUGACAUCUGCCUGAAGUCUGCAUUCGUUGUACUACGGAUGUUCCGAUAUUUGACAGAAGUUCUGGUGGACAGGCAAUUACAACUGCCUGGACUGCACGACGUUAACGAAGAUGAAAGACGAGCGAUCGGGCCCUCAGUACCGAUCACAAUGCCGCUUAUGGCGUGCAGCGCAAUGCAAGCAUGCUAUGUCAUGGUCAUGACUUUGUACAGGGUCAAGUUCACGCUGGUAACUAAUCGAACAUUUGGAGAGGAUUCAAGCGUGCACUCCGACCCAAAUUUCCAGGAUACCGAGCGCUUAGUUGAGGAGCUGAGGCACGGUGUAAAGGACACUCUACACAUGCUGGAGAAGUACCAAACUGAGUUCGCGCAUAUCAAGGCUAUGUACGAGGAGCUUAAAAUGGUCUACCAGGUCGCGUUCGUUGACGUCUGAGUUGGUGGCUCGAAUCAUACUCCUGCAUAAGGAGAGACAGCCUCGCCGCGAAAUCGGCGUUCAAAAUCUCGAACACCGAAGUGGGGCGACUACAGCCC